CGAGGCCCGGGCGGGCGGGGAGCAACGGCCGCGGACGCCGCGGGGCCGCGUCGUUAAGGGCCGGGGGCAGGCGGGGAGCGCGGGGCGCUCAGGCCGGGGCCGCCGGCGCCAUGGGCAACCGCGGGAUGGAGGAGCUGAUCCCGCUGGUCAACAAGCUGCAGGACGCUUUCAGCUCCAUCGGCCAGAGCUGCCACCUGGACCUGCCGCAGAUCGCCGUGGUGGGCGGCCAGAGCGCCGGCAAGAGCUCGGUGCUCGAGAACUUCGUAGGCCGGGACUUCCUUCCCCGAGGCUCAGGAAUCGUCACCCGGCGGCCUCUCAUUCUGCAGCUCAUCUUCUCAAAAACAGAAUAUGCCGAGUUUUUGCACUGUAAGUCCAAAAAGUUUACAGAUUUUGAUGAGGUCCGACAGGAGAUCGAAGCGGAGACCGACAGGGUCACGGGGACCAACAAAGGCAUCUCCCCAGUGCCCAUCAACCUGCGGGUCUACUCGCCGCACGUGUUGAACCUGACCCUCAUCGACCUCCCGGGCAUCACCAAGGUGCCCGUGGGGGACCAGCCCCCAGAUAUCGAGUACCAGAUCAAGGACAUGAUCCUGCAGUUCAUCAGCCGGGAGAGCAGCCUCAUCCUUGCCGUCACCCCUGCCAACAUGGACCUGGCCAACUCGGACGCCCUCAAGCUGGCCAAGGAGGUCGACCCCCAAGGCCUGCGGACCAUCGGCGUCAUCACCAAACUCGACCUGAUGGACGAAGGCACUGACGCCAGGGACGUCCUGGAAAACAAGCUUCUCCCCUUGAGAAGAGGCUACAUCGGUGUGGUGAACCGCAGCCAGAAGGACAUUGAGGGCAAGAAGGACAUCCGCACGGCGCUGGCGGCCGAGAGGAAGUUCUUCCUCUCCCACCCUGCCUACCGGCACAUGGCUGACCGCAUGGGGACCCCCCACCUGCAGAAGACCCUGAACCAGCAACUGACCAACCACAUCCGGGAGUCCCUGCCGGCCCUGCGCAGCAAGCUUCAGAGCCAGCUGCUGUCCCUGGAGAAGGAGGUGGAGGAGUACAAGAACUUCCGGCCGGAUGACCCCACGCGCAAGACCAAAGCCUUGCUUCAGAUGGUCCAGCAGUUCGGGGUGGACUUCGAAAAGAGGAUCGAAGGCUCUGGAGACCAAGUGGACACGCUGGAGCUCUCCGGGGGCGCCCGAAUCAACCGCAUCUUCCACGAGCGCUUUCCCUUUGAGCUGGUGAAGAUGGAGUUCGACGAGAAGGAUUUACGGCGCGAGAUCAGCUACGCCAUUAAGAACAUCCACGGAGUCAGGACGGGGCUCUUCACCCCCGACAUGGCCUUUGAAGCCAUUGUGAAAAAACAGAUUGUAAAACUCAAAGAGCCGAGUUUGAAGUGUGUUGAUCUCGUGGUCUCAGAACUGGCCACGGUCAUUAAAAAGUGCGCCGAGAAGCUCAGCUCCUACCCCCGCUUGCGAGAAGAGACGGAGCGAAUCGUCACCACCUACAUCCGGGAACGGGAGGGGAGAACCAAGGACCAGAUUCUUCUUCUGAUCGACAUUGAGCAGUCCUAUAUCAACACGAACCACGAGGACUUUAUCGGAUUUGCCAAUGCCCAGCAGAGGAGUACGCAGCUGAACAAGAAGAGAGCCAUCCCCAACCAGGGGGAGAUCUUGGUGAUCCGCAGGGGCUGGCUGACCAUCAACAACAUCAGCCUGAUGAAGGGCGGGUCUAAGGAGUACUGGUUUGUGCUGACGGCCGAGUCCCUGUCCUGGUACAAGGAUGACGAGGAGAAGGAGAAGAAGUACAUGCUGCCUCUGGAUAACCUGAAAAUCCGCGAUGUGGAGAAGGGCUUCAUGUCCAACAAGCACGUCUUUGCCAUCUUCAACACAGAGCAGAGGAACGUCUACAAGGACCUGCGGCAGAUCGAGCUGGCCUGCGACUCCCAGGAGGACGUGGACAGCUGGAAGGCCUCGUUCCUCCGGGCUGGGGUCUACCCCGAGAAGGACCAGGCAGAAAACGAGGACGGGGUCCAGGAGAACACCUUCUCCAUGGACCCGCAGCUGGAGCGCCAGGUGGAGACCAUUCGCAACCUGGUGGACUCGUACGUGGCCAUCAUCAACAAGUCCAUCCGCGACCUCAUGCCAAAGACCAUCAUGCACCUCAUGAUCAACAACACCAAGGCCUUCAUCCACCACGAGCUGCUGGCCUACCUGUACUCGUCGGCAGACCAGAGCAGCCUCAUGGAGGAGUCGGCCGACCAGGCCCAGAGGCGGGACGACAUGCUCCGCAUGUACCACGCGCUCAAGGAGGCCCUCAACAUCAUCGGGGACAUCAGCACCAGCACCGUGUCCACGCCCGUGCCCCCGCCCGUCGAUGACACCUGGAUCCAGAGCUCCAGCAGCCACAGCCCCACUCCACAGCGCCGACCCAUCUCCAGCGCGCAUCCCCCAGGCCGGCCCCCGGCAGUGAGAGGCCCAACCCCGGGGCCCCCCCUGAUUCCCAUGCCAGCCGCCUCCUUCGCCGCACCCCCCAUCCCGUCCAGGCCUGGACCCCAGGGCGUGUUUGCCAACAAUGACCCCUUCUCAGCCCCGCCUCAGAUCCCAUCUCGGCCAGCUCGGAUUCCGCCAAGCAUCCCCCCUGGAGUGCCCAGCAGAAGACCCCCUGCUGCGCCCAGCCGGCCCACCAUUAUCCGCCCAGCCGAGCCAUCCCUGCUCGACUAGGCUGCGGCUGCAGGGGGGUGGGGGGCGUUCUCAGGGGGGGUCUUCGCACACCCGCGGUGCAGGAGUUCCGGUGGCCUGGGCCCCUCCGCUGUCCCUGGCGCCGUCAUCCACGUGCCAGGACCUGGCUCCCUGCGGGCAGCCCCUGACUCUUCCCUAACCUUGGCCCCCAUCCCCGGAUGCACACAGCACUGAAGGGGCCCCGGAGCCCCGGGGCAGAGGGGGAGCUGGGGCGGUGCACUUUGGGGGAUGGACCUCAGAGUAGCAGAGGAGGGAACACACUCUGGGCGCCAUCUCAGUGAGGCUUCAGGCUGGGGUGGGGGGCUUGCCCAGGGCUUCUCCAGCCAGGAAAGCCUGAGGAGACCGGGCCUUCUGGAAACACAGGCACCCAGAGAGCCUGUAA